ACAAUACCUCGCAACAAACUUUUUUUGCAACAUGUGUAUACACAGCUGAUGAAAACAGUGAAUUGUAACAAGAUGUAACCACACAUUAAAAUGUUAUAAAUUCUCCUGCGUCAAAUUGUCUACCGACGGCGUCGAGAAGAUGUCAUCUAUCGUUUUACAGCUUUCCAGAAAUCUGAAAACACAGUCCGAGUUGACUGAAUGUUAUGGAAAACCAAAGCACUCGUCUAAGUCAUUUACGGAGAAAAUUAAAGACAAAUGCAAACUUUCAAAAUUAUGCAAAUUAUUACUAUCAUUAUUUCCAAUCAUAAAUGUCUUAAAAACAUAUAAGUUCCGUGUGUACAUUCUAGAUGAUAUAAUAAGUGGCUUAUCUGUAGCUUGCCUUCAUGUACCUCUGGGACUUGCAUUGGGCAUAUUAGCAUCAUUAUCACCGGCGUAUGGAUUGUAUACGUCAUGCUUUCCUGUGCUCCUAUAUGCUAUUUUCGGAACAUCUCAACACGUCUCGAUUGGGACUAAUGCUGUGAUUGCUAUCUUAACAUCAGAACUAGUAGAAUUGCAGUUAGAACACUAUGAUUCGACAGAUCACAACUCAGACUUUAACCGUACCACGGAUAAUAAUCUAACAUCUUCACAGGACACCGAAAAUUCUGGUUUAGAGUACAAAGCGUCGGUAGCAGCAGGUUCGUCAUUUAUUGUUGGAUUGUUGCUGUUCAUCAUGGGGUUGUUCCGAAUGGGUUUCAUUACAUCUUAUUUGUCAUCUUCUUUCAUUGCGGCUUUUACGACAACCGGUGCUAUUCAUAUUAUGUCCAGUCAGAUCCCUAAUGCUCUUGGUAUUACAAUUCAACCAAUCAACAAACCAGGAAAACUUAUAUAUGUAUACAUUGAAAUAUUCAAAGCAUUUCCAAAAUUUCAUGUUGCUACAUUUUUAGUGUCUAUAACAUGCUUAAUAAUACUUGUAUUGGUAAAAGAUGUCAUUAAUGAGAGAUGCAAAAACAGAAUGAAAAUGCCAAUACCGAUUGAUUUUAUUUUAGUUGUCGUAGCAACAAUUAUUUCGUACUUUGCAAAAUUUCAUGACAACUUCGGUAUAGGUGUAGUAGGAGAAAUACCAGCUAGACUGCCAACGCCACAGCUCCCUCGAGUUUCUGUAGACAUACUAGGACAUAGUGUUGUCGUCGCUACAAUAGUGUUUGUGCUUACGAUUUCGAUGGCCCGACUCUGUGAGGUGAAACACGGAUAUUCAGUUGACGACAAUCAAGAACUCGUCGCAUACGGCAUUGCAAAUUUAGGUGGGUCUUUUUUCUCCUGCUUCCCAGCUUGUGUCGCACCACCUCGUACAAUAGUUUUGAGCACAAUGGGAGCAAAGACAACAUUGAAUGGUAUAGUAUCAGCUGUAAUUGUAUUUCUUGUGAUAAUGUUCAUAGGAAAAUAUGUUGAAGCAUUACCUAAAGCUGUUCUUGCAAGCAUAAUCAUAGCAGCUAUUAAAAAUCUCUUAUACCAGUUCAAGGACCUACCGAUGCUGUGGCGAGUAAACCGUUAUGAUUUCGUUAUCUUUGUGGGUACAGUUAUAAGUGGUGUCUUUAUUGAUUUUCCUUACGCGUUGUAUGUAGGAGUUCAACUUUGUCUUUUAACAGUUGUUGUGCAAAGUCAAAAAUCCUCUUCGUACACCAUUAGAAAACUUCAGCAUGAAGAUCGUCUUCUUGAUCAAAAGACUCACGACGUUCCGUUAUGUAACCCGAAAAUUGCAAUAUUCCGAAUGGAAUCAUCUCUCUUCUUUGCUACAUCUGAUAAAUUCAUUAAGGAAUUAUACAAGGCGACAUUUGAUCCGAAAGCCUAUAGAAAACAACCGAAUUUAAAUGUUGAAAUUAUCAUUAAUCCAAUCAAAAAUGACGGUAACAAUGAAAAAGGAAUUUCGUUGUCCAAAACAAAUCACGAAAACGAAAUACCCAUCGUACCACUAACACAUAUUAUUAUCGACUGUUCGUCUAUGAACUAUAUCGACUUGAAUGGUAAGAAGGCUUUGAUACAGAUCAAUUCAGAAUAUAAACAGGUUGGAGUUACCGUCAUGUUUGGUAAUUGUACUAAUUUCAUGAAAACAUUCACGACGAAAUCAGAUUUAUCAGAGGAAAUAGACCAGAAAAAUGUGUAUUCUGAUAUUUUAGAUGCUUAUUAUGCAGCAAUUCAUUAAGUGCAAUACUAUACGUCUUUAAGUUGACAUUUGUAAUUGGUGCUAUUGAUUAGAAUACUUCGUGUUUUUUUUUAUUUGCGCAGUUAAUUCUGCAAUGUAUCUAGUGUACAUAAUUUACAGACGUUAAAAAGAUUAUAACAUUUGCUUUUCUAAUCAAAUCCUUCUUAGGUAUACAAUUACAAAAAGUCUAAAAAAUGUAUUCAGAAGUUAAUCCGACUGAUCUAAAUGACACUUUCUUCAAAAUCUUCUCGGGGAAAAAAGGACGGACAGAUGCACUUAGUUUUGUAAUGUUAACGCGCAAAAAAUCGUCUUAUUUCGUUAAUUUACAACUUACUUUGACAAAUACACACUUCUAUAUAAAAUUUCAAUGCAGUAAUUUCUCUUAUGUUCAAUUAAGAAAUCGAUUUAUUAAAUACAAAUAUUCUAAAUUAUAGGUUCGAACCCAGUGAAAGAUAACUAUGUACAUAUCUGUUGAUGGAUUACUUUUUUAAAUUUUUAGUCAUAUUAUAAUAACUGAAUACAUUGGAUUUGAAGACAAGGAAGUCUAACUCUCAUCGAUACU